CCUGCUGCGUUUCAUACUCCACAACUAAAGCUUCGUUUUCUCAUAAUCUUUUUUUUUUUUGGUUCUGUUCCGUGAACUACUUGUCCGUGAUCACAACGCCUAAAUUGAUCGCCGUAUCUGGGUUAUUCAUUGGAAAGAAGGAAAUUAUGGACGAGCAAGGGCAUGAUUCCGAUGUCCGUAAUCCGACGGUUGAGGUUGAACAAUCGGCUGUUGCGGCGGAGGCGACUGAGGCAACGGCGGAGAUGGAAAAUUCAACAGACGGAGCUAACCCUGGUGAAGAAGGACAACAGGAAGGAGAAGAGCUGAGCGUGGAUGACGAGCUUAUAGACAAAGCGCAGAAGCUCAUGGAAAAAAUCACCACCGGUGCUAAUAACCCUAAUCCUACUAUCUUACACGCUCUUAGCCAUCUCCUCGAAUCUCAGGAGUCUCUGUUCUUAGAGGAGAAUGGGUACUACUCAAAUGGUCGCGGUGGUCAUAACAGUGGCAAGCUGUGUAAUCUAAUCCGAGAAAAUGAUGAGUUCUUUGAAUUGAUUUCCUCAACUUUUCUAUCUGAGAAUACUUACUCAACCGCGGUAAAGGCAGCCUCCGCAAGGUUGCUAAUGAACUGUUCGCUUACUUGGAUGUACCCUCAUGUUUUCGAUGAUGCUGUUACGGACAACUUUAAAAAUUGGGUCUUGGAAGAGGCAGUCAAGUUUCCUGGUGAAGACUCUGGCAGGAAAGAAGCCUCAGAUCCUGAAAUGUUAAAGACUUAUUCUACUGGACUACUCGCUCUUUCUCUGGUGAGUCGUGGGCAAUUAGUUGAAGACGUCUUGUCAUCAGGACUAUCUGCUAAGCUUAUGCAUUAUCUUCGAGUACGAGUUAUUGGAGAGGCCAGCACAAGUCGUAGAGAUGCCAUUCACACUAGUGAGGCCAAGCAUGUGUCCGUAAAGACAAAAGAAGAAGGUCGAAGUAGGGUGCGGAAGGUUGUGAAUACAGUUGAAGGUGAACAUGUUCUUGAGAUGGACUCCGGGAGAGAGAUGGGACAAUCUGAUGUACGGUCUGAAGACGAAUUGGAAUUCGAAGGCAGAGAAAGAUUUAAUGUUUCAGGUGUUGUUGAUUCUAAAAUCAAACCUGGAGAUGACAAUAAUGGAAGAGAUGACCCCUCAAGACACAGACUAAACCGAUCAAAAUCCAGGGGGAGAGGAAGAGUUAACGAAGGUGCAACUGAUACAGAAGCUCUCUUGGCGUCUCCUAGAUCAGAUCGUCUGGUUGUCAGAGAUAGGGAUCCAUCAAAAAUUUCAGAUGUCCGAAGUGCAGAAGAUGUGACCAUAUGUCUGGGGAAAAUGAAGUCUGGUAUUAUGGAAACAGAAAGAGAUGAGAAUGAUGAGUGCUUUCAAGGUUGCGUAAUUGGAACCAAAAACAUAAUUGAUCUAGUAAAGAGAGCAGUUGGAGCUGCUGAAACUGAAGCUAGAGCUGCCCAUGCUCCUCCUGACGCAGCUAAAGCGGCUGGGGAUGCUGCAGCAGAGCUUGUCAAAACUGCUGCACUAGAGGAAUUUAACUCUUCUGGCAGUGAAGAAGCUGCUGUGUCUGCUGCUACUCGAGCAGCUAGUACAGUUAUAGAUGCCGCUAAUGCAACGACAACUGAUCAGACAACGGAUUUGAAUUGUGUGGAAACGCCUGCAAUUGAGGAUAUUGGAGAAGUUUCACUACCAAGUAUCGACUUGUUGGCUCAGUUACAAGAAAAAUAUUGCAUCCAGUGCCUUGAGAUACUUGGAGAAUAUGUCGAGGUUCUCGGACCUGUACUCCAUGAAAAAGGUGUUGACGUAUGCAUUAUGCUGCUGGAACGUACAUCCCUAUUUAAUGAUAGUUCUACACUGUCUCCUUUGUUACCUGAUGUCAUGAAGUUGAUAUGUGCUCUAGCUGCUCACCGGAAAUUUGCUGCGAUGUUUGUUGACCGGGGUGGCAUACAAAAAUUACUUGCUGUUCCAAGGGUUAAUGAGACCUUUUAUGGUCUCUCAUCUUGCUUAUACACCAUAGGUUCUCUUCAGGGUAUAAUGGAACGUGUAUGUGCACUUCCAUCGGAUCUCAUACAUCAAGUGGUUAAAUUAGCUAUCGAACUUCUAGAGUGUUCCCAGGAUCAAGCCAGAAAAAAUUCAGCCUUAUUCUUUGCUGCUGCUUUUGUCUUCAGAGCCAUUUUGGAUGCAUUUGAUGCUCAUGAUAGUUUGCAGAAACUCCUUGCAAUUCUUAAAGAUGCAGCCUCAGUUAGAACUGGUGCUAAUUCUGACCGAUCAGCUCCUGAAGUCAUGACGUCUUCAGAGAAACAGAUGGCUUUUCACACCUGUUUUGCUCUGCGCCAAUAUUUUAGAGCUCAUCUUCUUUUGCUUGUGGAUUCCAUCCGUCCUAGCAGAAGUAGCCGAUGUGGUGUGCGGAACGUUCCCAAUAUAAGGGCAGCCUAUAAGCCCCUUGACAUCAGCAAUGAAGCUGUAGAUGCUGUCUUCCUUCAGUUACAGAAGGAUAGGAAGUUGGGUCCGACGUUCGUGAGAACCCAGUGGCCUGCUAUCAAUAAUUUUUUGGCCUCCUCUGGACAUGUUACCAUGCUUGAACUAUGUCAGACUCCACCAGUAGACCGUUAUCUGCAUGAUCUACUUCAGUAUGCUUUUGGUGUUCUUCACAUCGUUACAUCAAUACCUGAUGGCCGCAAAGCAAUUGUGAAUGCCACACUCAGCAACAAUCGUGCUGGCAUUGCUGUUAUUCUGGAUGCAGCAAAUAUCUCCAACAGCAUAGUGGACCCUGAGAUCAUACAGCCUGCACUAAAUGUCCUAAUCAAUCUGGUGUGCCCACCACCAUCAUUAAGCAACAAGCCGCCUCCUGCACAAAGUCAUCAACCUGUUCCUGGCCAAGCUACUGCCCGUCCCUCUACCGAUGUUGCUGCUAGUACUCAGUCCACUGGUAAUGCUCCACAAACUCCUGUUGCACCAGCGUCUUCAGGUUUGGUUGGGGAUCGAAGAAUUUUCUUAGGAGCAGGAACUGGUUCUGCUGGUCUUGCUGCUAAGUUGGAGCAGUUCUAUCGUCAAGCACGUGAAGCUGUUCGUGGGAACGACGGUAUAAAAAUUCUCUUAAAACUUCUUCAGCCCAGAAUAUAUGUGAAUCCUCCUGCCAGCCCAGAUUGCCUACGAGCGCUCGCUUGCAGAGUACUUCUUGGCCUGGCUAGAGAUGAUACAAUUGCACACAUACUGACUAAACUUGAGGUUGGUAAGAGUUUAUCAGAACUUAUUCGAGAUUCAGGUGGUCAGUCAAGUGGAACAGAUCAGGGGAGAUGGCAGGCUGAACUUGCUCAGGUGGCGCUUGAGCUAAUAGGGAUAGUGACAAAUUCAGGGCAUGCGAUUACACUAACAGCCAGUGAUGCUGCUACUCCAACAUUGCGGCGCAUUGAAAGAGCUGCUAUUGCAGCAGCAACACCUAUAACAUACGAUUCUAAGGAGCUUUUGCUGCUUAUCCAUGAGCACCUCCAGGCAUCAGGUCUUGGUGAAACUGCUUCAGCACUGUUAAAAGAGGCUCAGUUAACUCCUCUACCUUCGUUGGCUCCCCCUUCUUCAAUUGCAUAUUCCUAUACACAGGAGAUGUCUACGCCAGUAGCUCAGGAACAAUGGCCUUCUGGCCGUGCUAACAGUGGAUUUUUCACCAGCAAACCCAAAGUUUGUGCACAUGGUGAAGAUCCCAAUUCUAGAUCUAUGGCAGUUCUAUCUGCCAAGAAGAAACAUUUGGCUUCCUCAGCACAGGAGACGUCCUCGCCAGUAGCACAGCAACAAUGGCCCUCUGGCCGUGCUAACGGUGGUUUUUUUCCCAGCAAACCCAAAGUCAGUGCACACAACGAAGAUCCUAGUUCGAGAGGUAAUGCAGCUCCAUCAGCAAAGAAGAAGCAUUUGACAUUUUCACCCAGCUUGAAUUUGCAGUCGCGAAAGCAAUCUUUCUCCCAUGACCCUCAAACGCAGAGAAUAAAUAGCAGUUCGAAUUCAGAUCCUGCUUGUGCAGAUACUUCAGAAGCUGCUGCAGAAUUAGUUCUGAAGAACGACGUUGAUGCUGAUGCUCAAUUUAAGACCCCGAUUUCCUUACCGAGAAAACGGAAAUUGACUGAGCUUAGAGACCCAGAGUUGUCAGUUUCGGUGAAAAGAAUCAAUUUGGGCGAAUUAGGACCUCGAACUCCAGCUUGUCCAACCACGGCUUCCUUGCGUAGGAAUUCAACCAUUGCGGAUGGUUCAGGUUUCCAAACUCCAGUUUCAGCUGUAGAUGUCAACCAACCUGGAAGCUCCAGACUGGGCCAGAUGACACCUGCUUCUCAGCUAAGGCUUCCAAGUGAUUCGCAGCCUUCAAAUCCGGAACGAUUAUCGCUAGACUCCCUUGUGGUUCAGUAUUUGAAACACCAACACAGGCAGUGCCGGGCUCCAAUCACAACUCUUCCUCCUGUGUCUCUCCUACAUCCGCAUGUCUGUCCUGAACCUAAACGGUUACUUGAAGCUCCACUAAACAUCACUGGCCGUCUUGGUACCCGGGAGCUCCAAAGUUUCUAUGGUGGAGUCCAUGGGAAUCGCAGGGACCGUCAAUUUGUUUUCAGCAGAUUUAAAUCUUGGAGAUCUUGCCGGGAUGAGACUGCACUCUUCACAUGCAUUUCACUUCUUGGAGGUACUAAUCAUUUAGCAGUCGGUAGUCAUGCUGGAGAAAUCAAGAUAUAUGAAGCUAACAGCGGUAGCUUGCUUGAGAGUGUCUCAGCUCACCAGGCUCCGGUUACACUUGUUCAGCCAUAUGUCUCUGGUGGUACUCAGUUGUUGCUUUCUUCGAGCUCUAGUGAUGUGCAGUUGUGGGACGCGUCUUAUAUAACUGGUGGGCCUAGACACUCCUUUGAUGGAUGCAAGGCUGCAAAAUUCAGCAACUCUGGGCUACAAUUUGCAGCGCUCUCUUGUGAAGCAUCAUCAAAAGAUGUUCUUGUAUAUGACGUACAGACCUGCAGUCCUGUUUUAAAACUCACUGACACGGUCACUUCUUCUCGGAGUAAUCCCUAUUCUCUUGUGCACUUCAGCCCUUGUGAUAAUUUGAUAUUGUGGAAUGGUGUUCUCUGGGACAUACGUAAAGCAGACAAUAUCAAUCGGUUUGAUCAAUUUAGUGAUUAUGGCGGCGGUGGUUAUCACCCUUCUGGAAACGAGGUCAUCAUAAACUCAGAGGUCUGGGAUCUGAGAAAUUUUAGGCUUCUUCGAAGUGUACCAUCACUGGACCAGACAGCUAUUACGUUCAAUUCCAGGGGAGAUGUUAUAUACGCAAUGCUGAGGAGAAACAUUGAGGACGUGAUGUCUGCUGUUCACACACGCCGUGUGAAGCAUCCGUUGUUUGCUGCUUUCCGCACUCUCGAUGCGAUCAACUAUUCAGACAUUGCAACUAUACCUGUGGACCGAUGUCUUCUCGACUUCGCCACCGAACCAACGGAUUCUUUUCUUGGGCUGAUCACAAUGGAAGAUCAAGAAGAGAUGUUUUCCUCGGCCAGAAUGUACGAGAUUGGCAGACGGAGACCAACAGAUGAUGACUCCGAUCCAGAUGAUGAUGAUGAGACAGAGGAUGAAGAUGAAGACGAUGAAGAUGAGGAAGAUGACCUGGACCGGAUUCUGGGACUAGGUGGAGACGAUAGCGACAGUGGAGAUGAUGACAUUAGUGAUGACAAUGAAGAUAGUGCGAGCGAUUUGGAUGAUGAAGAAGGAGAUAUGCUCCUUGACGGUGGUGGCUUGUUGGGAGUGUUUGGAGGUGAGGAUGAAGACGAUGACAAUGAAGAUGAUGGUGAUGAUGAUGAUUCUAUGAGCAGUGGUGAAGAGGAUUAUCUAGACAACGUUCAUCCUUUCUAAGUUUUUUCUUUUCUUUUUAUCUUAUUUUCUUUUACGCUCUAUAUUGAUCUCUAAGAUGGUUUAUCACUAUCCAAAGUUUUGAUGAUAUGUAAUUGUAUUUUUCUUCUUCUAAGUUACAUAUUUUUUUUGCCAAGAUCACUAAUUAUAAAA